GAGAGAGAGAGAGAGAGACAACGCCGUAUAGUUUGGAUUUUUUUUAUAUAGAGAUAUAAUUUAUAUAUUUUACGUUAUUAUUAUUCUACAUUAUUCUUCAACGGACACUUAUUUACUUUAUCAUUCUCCACGGUUCUGAGGAAGGUCUAAUCAAAAUCCUGAAAGAUGGACCCGACGCUUACUGAAAUGGGGAAUCACCUCUCGGACGCCAUGAAGAUACUGGAGGGUGGCCAGCUCGAGACGGCGCAGGACGCAGUGAGACGGCAGCUCAGCUGGAGAGACAUCCCAGGUCCUUUACAGGGAGAUGGUCAGAACGUCGUGACCAUCCUGCAGCUCGUUCAGAACCUCAUGCACGAGGACGAGGACAAACCGGGACACCGCAGGACGCAGUGUGUUGGAGAGAAGGGUUACAUGGCUUUACUGGGUCACAGCCUGGCUGCGUACAUCUCCACCCUGGAUAAAGAGCGCGUGAGGAAACUGACCACACGCAUCCUGUCAGACACCACACUGUGGCUCUGCAGACUCUUCAGGUAUGAGAACGGCUCGGCGUAUUACCACGAGGACGAGCGAGACGGACUGCUGAAGGUGUGUCGGCUGGUCAUUCACACUCGCUAUGAGGAUUACGCUACGGAGGGCUUCGGCGUGUUCAGCAUUAAAGCGCCGGUCAUUUACAUGAGCGCGGCGUGCAGGCCGGGGCUGGGAGAACACCUGUGUAACCAGUUGGGUCUGCCUCUGUCCAGCGUCUGCACCGUGCCGUGCAACACCAUGUUCGGCUCCCAGCACCAAAUGGACGUGGCGUUGCUGGACAAGCUCAUCAGAGAGGACGUCGACGCUGGGAAGAUUCCCCUGCUGUUAGUCGCAAACGCUGGAACUCCCGGUGCGGGUCACACGGACAAGCUGAGUCGUCUGAAAGAGUUGUGUGUUCAGUACAGCAUCUGGCUGCAUGUAGAAGGGGUCAAUCUGGCAACCCUGGUGCUUGGGAACGUCACCUCUGCAGUCAUGGCAGCCACUAAGAGUGACAGUAUGACGUUGACUCCUGGCUCGUGGCUCGGACUGCCGGCUGUUCCUGCUGCGACUCUUUACAGACACGAGGAUCCUGCGCUGUCUUUAGCGGCAGGUCUCACAUCCAGUCAUCCAGUGGAGAAACUCCGCGCUCUUCCUCUCUGGCUUUCGCUGCAGUAUCUCGGACACGAUGGGAUCGUAGAGAAGAUCCAACAGGCCUCACAGCUUAGUCAGCAGCUUCUGGCGCAGCUGAAGACUUUGGCCUCCAUCAAGACGUCGGUCGAGGACGAGCUCAGUUCUCCAGUCGUCGUGUUUAGGUUCUCUCAAGAUACAAGUUCAGCGUCGAGCGGCGGGUCAGCAGAGGGAUACUGCGGAGGAGACCGAGAAGUACAGGACGCUCUAAACAGAUGGCUCGGUGAGAAGUUAGCGGUGCUGGUCCCUGAGAGCGGAGUCGAUGUGGUCGAGCUGGAGGAUGAGGGCGUGUGUGUGCGCUUUAACCCUCUAAUGACUGCUGCAGCUUUGGGCACACAGCAGGCAGACAUAACACUCUUGGCGGAGCGGUUGGCGGAGACGAUUCCCAUGUUGAGCUCCACGCUGCGUUUGAGGCACGAUUUCCGAGAGGAAGUUCUCCAGUACUCGGCUCUGACCUACAUCGAGGAUUUGAGCUGGGCCGGACUCGGAGUCGUGAGGUACGAGCCGAGGAGGACGGACGUUGAUGACGCGAAGAGAGAGGUGGACGUGCAGAAGGUCAAUUCUGAGCUGCUGAAGAAGCUGAAGGAACUGGACACGGAGCUGGAGUUCUCAACAGGACCUGAAUUCGGUGAAGAGAAGGACUGUGUGUACAUCGGGAUGGCGUCAGAAGACCUGGACGUUUCAGUGUUGGUUGAAACCAUUUCGUCUUUGGGAAGAGACAUUGAGGAGAGCGGGAAGCUGUUAGAGAACAUGACGGAGGUGGUGAGGAAGGGAAUCUUGGACGCUGAGCUGCAGCUUCAGAAAUCUGCUGAGGAGAAACUCAUGGAAGAGGGGGUGCUGCGGCAGAUUCCUCUCGUCGGCUCCAUGCUCAACUGGUUCUCUCCGAUUCAGAGCUCGGUGAAAGGCAGGACGUUCGACCUGGCAGCAGGUUUUUUGGACAGCACUGAGCCUCUUUACUCCGUGAAGGCUCAGACAAGCAAAGAGGCCUCACCUGAAACGCCUACAUCUACAGCCAAACGGCUUACAGGACAAAGGCUGUUCCGGCGCUCCACCAUCGGUUCCGAGUCGUGCAGCGAGACCAGCUCUGUCUGCCACCUCGACGAGUCUCUAAAGGAGGCGGAAGUUCCUCAGCCUCACUCCGGCCAGUCAGACGCACCACCUCUGACGCUCACGCCGGAAGUAGAGGCGACAGAUCAGCGCGUCCCCGAGGGCCAGGAGGAGUCCGAGUCGAUCAGAUAGAACCAUCGAAUCCAUCAGCGACGCCAAAGCGGCUGUACACUGUGAAGUGCGCAACCUCGAUGCCUUGACCAAGUCAGACUAGGGCUGCGUUCCAAUACUUUUACUAACACUUGCUCAUCCGCUUACCUUUAGUCGUUCUGUCCCUUUAUUAUUCGGAAUGGCGUCAGGUUAGACGUCAUGGAGCGCGUCUAGUUACGAAAAAAAAAAAAAAAAAAGCAUCGACUUCCGUUUUCUUUCAGCGUAAACAGGAGCAAUAAAUCCAUUAACAGCAUCCGAAUGAAUCCGCUCUCCUCACUUCGUGCGCACAUGUGUAUGACAUUGAAGUCGAUGAGUAUGUGUUACAUCAAUAUUGGAACGCAGGACAGGAAGUGAAGGCUUGUUGUAGAAGAGUAGCCAAUGGAACAACUGGAAAAUUUCAUCAGUGCACAUCACAUCACGCACUUUUUACUUUAUUUUUCUGUUUUGCUAAUAACACUGUUUCUGUGAUUUAGCGAACGUUCACCUUUCUGGGUUUCGUGACGCCCUGUCAGUAUGCACACUGCCACGCAUCAUUUGUUCUGUAUUCGUUCGAGAUCACAUCGUUUACAUUAUAUAAAUAUAUAUAUUAUGUUUUGUUCACUGUAGAUGGUGGGUUGAUUUUUCUAUAUAUUUGUUUUCAGUUACACUAUUUUUUUCUUAAACUAAAGAAGCAGUUCUACUAAAAUAGAGGUGUACGUAAUGUCUCUUGUACCCCUAGCCUAAAAUGUUGGUAUUAAUUAUAGAUAUUGUAAAGCCCUCUAUAAGAAAACGUUUUAUGGAAGGAGUCUCCAGCAUCAGCCCUUUAUAACGGUUAAUAGUUUUCCCACAGCAGGCAAGUCUUUAGGGUGGAGAAGGUUACAGUUUUACACUUUUUGUGGUUCAUUAAUACCCAGCUACGUUUAAGGAGGACUUUUCUGAGGAAAUAUAAGGUUUAGAACUGCUAUAACUGUAAGUGACAACGGAAGUGAAUUUCAAUAUGGUCAAAUUAUUAUUCCAUUUAGAUUGAUGUGGGAGGAAUAAAACACUUUGGGGUGUUAAGGACAUUUUGUACUUUAAAAUUUUCACUGAACUGCUGCUUGAAAGGAUUGUUUGGUGUUUUUUUGGCAAAAAAAAAAAAAAGGAGGUUGGGGGGGGUGUUGGGAUUUUCUUUUUUUGCGUUUUAUUUGUGUAGUCUCACGAUUACUACAAAUGAAGUCGAAUAUAAUUAUAAUUUUAAUAAUCAAAUUAAAGCCGUAUUGCACUUUUUUGUAUAGAUUGUUAUAAUUUAAUCAGAAUAAUCUUUAUUUAUUCUACUGAUCAAGAUCUGAUAAGACUUAUAAAAAAAUCCAAUUCAUAAUCCUUAGCGUCCGAUUGUAGGACCUGCAGACAUGCUUUGCAUUUACUGUAACAAAAAAAACCUUAAAAGUACACUGUCGAUUUAUUUUUUGGGUUCCGUCCAUCACCACAAAGCCACUGAUGAAGUUCUUCCUUUUUGUCAGCUCAUUACAUGCUCUCCUCCCUUUUCAUGCUCACUAAUAAGAGCAUCUGAAUAACACAUGAAGUAUGAACACGUGAGUCACCUUCCACCCAAUAGUAAACGAUCAUCUCGUCACCUGUCGGGUUUUUCCACAUAAAACACGUUCACGCGUUUAUUUGUUGACGACUAAUGUAAAUGUGAUUUCUUGAUGGUUAAUGUCAAUUAGGACCGGAUGAUUUUUCAAUGCAGCUACACUGUCUUAAUUUGGUGCAAUAAAUAUACUGGUAGUUGUUUUUUUCCCCUCUUUCUUUUUUUCUUUCUUUCUUUAUUGUGGCAGAAAAGAUUUAGUGCUACGAGCAGAUUAGAUUAGUUUUUAUAAUCAUAUAAGCUUUUUCAAAAGGCAAGUCUGUGAAUUAUAAUAAAGAUUAUGAUGCUAUGCAAACCUUGGGAACU